UUAAUUGAAAUCCAACCCACCAACUUGCACGCACCUUGGACAGACCAACACGGCCCCUCUUCGCGCCCAUCAAUCCCACCACAAAAUGCCUGCUGCACGGGUUGAAGAGGUCGGCGAGUCCUCGUCGUCAGCGGCAAAGAAAGUCUUGACAGCAAACACAAACGGCAACCCCAACUAUGAGCUGCCAUGGGUUGAGAAAUACCGCCCCAUCUUCCUCGACGACAUCGUCGGAAACGUAGAGACCAUCGAGCGCCUCAAGAUCAUAGCCAAAGAUGGCAACAUGCCGCACGUCAUCAUCAGUGGCAUGCCGGGUAUCGGAAAGACGACCAGCGUGCUCUGCCUCGCGCGCCAGCUGCUGGGCGACUCCUACAAGGAGGCGGUUCUGGAACUCAACGCCUCGGACGAGCGAGGCAUCGACGUGGUGCGCAACCGGAUCAAGGGCUUCGCGCAGAAGAAGGUCACGCUGCCGGCCGGCCGCCACAAGAUUGUCAUCCUGGACGAGGCCGACAGCAUGACGUCCGGCGCCCAGCAGGCGCUGAGGCGGACCAUGGAGAUCUACUCCAACACGACCCGAUUUGCCUUUGCGUGCAACCAGUCCAACAAGAUCAUCGAGCCACUGCAGUCGCGGUGUGCCAUCCUGCGCUACGCGCGGCUGACGGACGGCCAGGUGGUGAAGCGCCUGAUGCAGAUCAUCGAGGCCGAGAAGGUCGAGUACAACGACGACGGCCUGGCGGCACUGGUCUUCAGCGCCGAGGGUGAUAUGCGGCAGGCCAUCAACAACCUGCAGUCUACCUGGGCCGGUUUCGGCAUGGUCUCGGGCGACAACGUCUUCAAGGUGGUGGAUUCGCCGCACCCUAUCAAGGUGCAGGCGAUGCUCAAGGCCUGCUUCGAGGGCAACGUCGACUCGGCGCUGGACACGCUGAGGGAGCUCUGGGACCUGGGGUACUCGAGCCAUGAUAUUAUCAGCACCAUGUUCAAGGUCACCAAGACCAUCCCGACGCUCAGCGAGCACGCGAAGCUCGAGUUCAUCAAGGAGAUCGGCACAACGCACAUGAAGAUCCUGGAGGGGGUCCAAACACUGCUGCAGCUGAGCGGCUGCGUCGUCCGGCUGUGCAAGCUGAACAUGGACCCCAAGAAGUUCGAGGUCCCCAAGAAAUCAAAAUGAUGAAACCAUCAACAUCUCUGAUGGGCAGUUUUGUUUGCAUGGCACGGCGUUGGCUUGGCUCUGGCUCUGGAUUCAGGGAGGUCGGUCGAUAGGGACCGAGAUACAAAAAGAAAAUGGUUGAUGAGCUUGGGGCACAUCUGAUAAUGUACAUGAAGGCUUUGUACAAGGCGUCUAUAAUGAGACACAUCAUGAAUCCUUUUCCCUUCCAAACGUCAACGGCCGGUCCUCACUCAUCGUCGUCGUCCCCGUACUCCUCCUCAAACUUCUGCCACAUGGCCCUGUCCCUUGCUAUCCGCCGCUGCAUCCUCACAUGGGCCUCAUACUGCCGUAUCCUGCUGUCAGCUUCGACCAUGGAUCCAAACGCCAUGCCCGACAUUUGAAUGUACCUGGCGAGGGGGAAAGGUCAAUUGGCCAGCCUCCAAAAGGUGAGUGCCCCGUGCCCAGCCGGCCAUCCACUCACACUUUGAACUGAAUCGUAAGACUCCGGUACAGGGGCGAUGUGAGAUACCCGAUCCCGCCGAGUAUGCCCGCGAAAGCACCCCACUUGACGGCGCCGUAGACAGCUCCCCGCGUCGCCUCCUUUGCGGCGUCGAUCGCCUCCUCAUCCUUCAUUGCUCCGUGGGACCGCAUUUUGGGCACAUGGCCUGGGGCCCGGGCCGAAGAAAAGAGAACGGCAGACGUUGGUCCUUUGGUGUGUAAGAUUGAGCCAAUGAGAGGGACAGUCGAUUGUUUGGCGGAAUUGGUCGCGUGAGUUAUCUGAAUGAAGUGCCGGGGCGGCGAGGGUGAGGAGUGAGCUUGGGAGAGCUUAGACGCAGAAACUCUCAGGUGCGUCAUACGAGUGUUCGGGGAAAGUGGGGCCGUUAGGCCGUCCCCCGGUCGCCGGCCGAGUCGGACCAGACGAAGCCUACUCGGGGGGUGGCCGCGGACAUCCCGUGUGUAAUUGUAGUAGCCACACAACUACGUUCCGAG